AUAUUUUAACAAUGAAAUUGAAUUUAAACAAAUCAGUCAAAAAUAUGUUUAGCAAAACACACGUCAAGAUUUUCAGGAUGAAGGAAAAAAUCAUAAUUGCAAGAUAGAAGAUGGAAAAGGAGUGUCUUAAUCAGAUAGGUGAUAAUGCCUUACACUUAGCUGCUAGAGAUGGACAGUCCGACGUAGUGCAAUGUUUACUAAAAAGAACAGAUUUAGAUCUAAAUCAAGGAAAUAGGGACGGAAACACCCCCCUACACUUAGCUGCACUAAGAGGUAAUCUCCGAAUAGUUCAAUUGUUAUUAGAAAGAACAGACACAGAUCAAAAUAAAGGAAACGAGGACGGUAACACCCCUCUACACUUAGCCACAUUUAUGAAAAAUCUCCAAAUUGUGGAAUUGCUAUUAGAAAGAACAGAUAUAGAUCCAAAUACAUUGAAUGAGGACGGUAACUCUCCGUUACACUCAGCCGUUGCAGGUAGAGAUAUCGAAACCACCAUGUUAUUAUUGAAAAGAACAGAUAUAUUUCCAGACCAAACAGAUAAGGAUGAUGAUACUCCCUUACACUUAGCUGUUAAAGGUGGAUAUCUCGACAUAGUCAAAUUGUUAUUGGAAAGAACAGAUAUAAAUCCAAACGAGGAAUAUAAGGAGGAUGAUGAUACUUUCUUACACUUAGCUGUUAAAGGAGGAUAUAUCGACAUAGUCAAAUUGUUAUUAGAACAAACAGAUAUAGAUCCAAACCAAUUAAAUGAGGUUCCAUUUGUGCUCCUAACUGAAGAUGAAAGAAAGUUCCUAGCACAGGCACACUUAGAUGUAGAGAAUGAAGAAGAAGAGAUUAGUGAAAUAGUACCUGAAAGUAACAUAAAUGAAGAUGAAAAUGGAAAUUUGGAGAUGUUGAAAAACAUAAAUGACAGAGAUAUGCAAAAAUAUCGGACCCAUGGAAGGAUGGAAGGUGCAAGUCCGUAUUACAAGGAACUUUACAAAAGGCGCUUUGGAAAUGAUAGCAACGAUAAAGAAAAUGCUAUUCCUGAUGCUGAUACCGCCUUACACUUAGCUGUUGAAGGUGGAUAUCUAGACAUAGUCAAAUUGUUAUUAGAACAAACAGAUAUAGAUCCAAACAAAGUAAACGAGUUUGAAGAUACUCUCUUACACUUAGCUGUUGAAAAUGGAUAUCUAGACAUAGUCAAAUUGUUAUUAGAAAGAACAGAUAUAGAUCCAAACAAAGUAAAUAAGUUUGAAGAUACUCUCUUACACUUAGCUGUUGAAAAUGGAUAUCUAGACAUAGUCAAAUUGUUAUUAGAAGAAACAGAUAUAGAUCCAAACAAAGUAAAUAAGCAUGAAUAUACUCUCUUACACUUAGCUGUUAAAAAUGGAUAUCUAGCCAUAGUCAAAUUGUUAUUAGAAAGAACAGAUAUAGAUCCAAACAAAGUAAAUAAGUGUGAUGAUACUCCCUUACAAUUAGCUGUUGAAGGUGAAUAUCUAGACAUAGUCAAAUUGUUAUUAAAAAGAACAGAUAUAGAUCCAAACACAGUAAAUGAGGAUGAUCAUACUCUCUUACAAUUAGCUGUUAAAGGGGGAUAUAUCGACGUCGUCAAAUUGUUAUUAGAACAAACAACUAUAGAUCCAAACAAAGUAAAUAAGGAUGCUAAUACUCCAUUACACUUAGCUGUGGAAGGUGGAUAUCUUGACAUAGUCAAAUUGUUAUUAGAAAGAUCAGAUACAGAUCCAAACAAAGCAAAUAAGGUAUGA